AUGGAAAACCUCAACAUCUCCGAUGCCCCUCCCCAGGGGCCCCAGCCCGUUCUCGGCGGCCGCGCGCCGCCUCCCCAACAGACCCCUCAGCUCCCGCCUCAGAUGUUCACCACUGCGGCGCAGCUGCUGGACAUGACCGACAAGAAGCUCAUGGUUGCACUGCGCGACGGGCGCAAACUGAUUGGCGUCCUCCGUAGCUGGGACCAAUUCGCCAACCUCGUUCUUCAAGACACCGUCGAGCGCGUCUACGCCCACCCGGACCCGGAAGCCAACCCGCCCCGCGAAGGGGGCCUCUUUGCGGAUAUCAAGCGCGGCAUCUUCCUUGUUCGCGGCGAGAACGUGCUCCUCCUGGGCGAGAUCGACCUCGACAAGGACGACGACCCACCCGUGGGUUACGAGCCGGGCGAGCUUAAGCUGGUUCAGGGCCUGGCAAACGAGAGGAAGGAGAAGGAGAAGGCGCGCGACAAGGGGCGGAUCAAGAAGCUCAGCACACUGGGCUUCGAGGGCGAGAACAUGGGCGAGAUCCUGCUCUGA